AUCGACUGCGUGACAAGCCAAACGAGUGGAGAGGUUCGUUACGACGCUUCUGGUAGACUCUGGUAGUUUCUCUUGCAUAUAAAUUGCGAGCUAGCCCGUAUUCGACGUUAUUUCCAAUUGUUUAGUCGCGGCCGGGAGAGCUACGGGAUUCGUUGUCGGUCGCUGAAUAGUUACGUCAACCGAGCGUUUCGAUUCAUUCCUUCAAAGAUAGAGUCGCAGGGCUCAACAAUGGACUCCGUCGUCAAAUUUAAAGCAUACUUGAUUCAAUAUGACGAUGACGAUGCUUCGAAAUACGAAGUACGCAAAUUUAACGUUGACGGAGCCGUCACGACGAGUUAUGAAUAUAUCUGUGGAAGACUACGGGUCGUUUUUCCUGUACUGCGUCAGAAAGAUUUCACUGUAACUUGGCAUGAUUCGGAAGAUGAUGAAAUUGUGAUUUCAAGCGAUGAGGAACUACAAAUUGCAUUUUUUGAAAUGACUUCGGCGGAAUGUUAUAAGUUCUAUAUACGUGUACAAUCUGACUCUCCUAAGACGACGAUACAGACAACGGACACAGGACCGGCGAUUCUGCACGUUGGAAUUGAAUGCAACGGCUGUGAUGGAAAUGUAAAAGGCUUUCGUUACAAAUGUCUUGAAUGCAAGGACUUUGACUUGUGCCAGGACUGUGAAAGUAAAGGGCAACACGCGGAGCAUUGUAUGAUUCGUUUAAACACUCCCUUAACAUGGAAACCGCAUUAUCAAAAAAAGCUGUCUCGUCAGUUCCAAAAAUUUGUUAGAAAUGGCGAACGACCCAGCCAUGAAGAAAAUCAAAAGGAUUGUCCAUUUAAGGCCAACAAACGUUACCCUACAACUUGCCCUUACUUUGGUCCUCAAAACUCGUGGCUAGAAACCUUCACAACGUUCCUAAAUGAUUGGUCUAAUUUGCCAACGGACGGUGAAUGCCCUAUGAAAGAGAAACCCGAAAAAACUGAACAACCCGCAGCCGGUGAACUUAAUAAAUCCCCAGAAAAAAGAAAGGACUUGGAUAUUGGAGCAGAAUUCAUACAAAAUAUUGAGACCCAUAUUGCACAAUUAUUGAGUCCAUUAGGAAUCAAUGUGGAUCUUCAAAUCAAAAGCGAUGACACCAAGCCUGGUCCUUCGACUUCUACCACUGCAACGCCUCAAAACUCUCAAACAAAACCAGAUGCUUCGCAGAUUUCUAGCAAAAAUAAGCAGGCAGGGAAUGAUACAAAAUUGGAAACGUCUAUAAAUGGCAAUGUUCCUUCACCUGCACUUAAGAUACCAUCAACUAGUGGGACAGAAACGCUUGCUGAAAAGACAAACGUGGACGGGGAUUGGACAUUGUUAAAUACUAGCGAAAGUUCUUCAAAGUCUGAAACUAACGUCAGACCUGAUCAAAAUUUGGAGGGUGCUCCAUCAGCCCCGAUAGAAGAAUCACAGGCAUCCCAGAUGAAGGAAAACCUCUACCCAGUCUUGAAUAAGGAUCAUGUUGUUUUUCACUCGGAUCCUAAAAUACAACAAGGAAUUGCAACAUUGACUCAAAUGGGAUUUUCUGAUGGUAUUUUGCUUACACAACUUCUGGUUUCUAGAAAAGGAGAUAUUUCCAAAGUUCUGGAUGAUAUUCUUCAAACAAAGCGUUAAACCUUAAUGACAGUACCAUGAUAAAUUAUAGUUAAUAUAACGAUUAGGCGGUAGGGUAUCAAGACAUGCAAAUUCAUGUUGCACUUUCAAAUCCAAAGUUGGGUAACGUUCGCUUAAGUCUAUUAUUCACGGAUAUGAUGUAAUAGACGCUUUGUCACUAUAACUUUAUUUUAGAUCAUAACCAGUUUGUUUUCAAUUUUUGGGUAGCGAUUAGUAGGAAAUGCUGACAGAUAAAUCUAUAGUUUGAUCAGCUUAAUUGGAGAUUGGACUUGAUAUACAUAUUCUCUGUUGCUGUAUUUGACACUUGCUUCCUUGUCAGUGCCUAUUAUGUUAGCACGUCUAUCAUCUAAUGUUUGUUUCGGAAAUUGGUCGUAUAUUGUAUCAAUAAAGUACUUGCAAAAACUUUA